UUCUACGGUGUCUAUAGAGAUCAAUGUCACUUCCUUUACUGUAAUCUAAAUUUUCUCGCCUAUAAGCCUCGUGCAGUUUGGAUAAUCGACUCCCCGACUUCCCCGAUCCUGAGCUACCCGCUCAUUUCAUCCCUGACCGGAGGAAUCUCGGUCCGGUGGACUCGGCUAUAUCUACCAUUAGGGGUCGCAUAGAUAGAUAUCAAUCAGUUAUCUUCCUCAGAGGACAUCGCACUUUAGCACCGGGUUACUCAACUAAGUAAACCCUCAAUAUUGCCUGAUAUUCUGGACUGCUCUCCACGCAUCGCCGCUCACCAUGACACUACAUGACGAGAGCUCUCAGGAACCAGAGCAGCUUCCUCGGGAGAACUGGGCCUUUCUCCCCAGCCUCCCUCUGUUCUCAGGGCCGACUGUUCCAAAAGUUGGACGCCAGUUUUUUACUCAUUCUCCCUCUACCAUCCUCAAACUGGGCACUGACGAUGGCGAAGGCAAGAUGACCGCGCUCGCCCAUUCCAUUCUGGGCCCCUGUGUCCCACGCGUCAUUUGCGUCAUCACGCUUCCAAGAAUAACCUCAGACGCCUUGACGCCCAACCGCACCCAACAGGGCCUCAUCCUCACUCACCAGCCGGGCACGCCGCUAGUCGAGCUCUGGCCGUCACUCACCCCUCUGCAGCGCCAGACCAUCAAGGCAGAGCUCUGCCGUCUCCUUGUGCGUAUGCGUACGCACCACUUCUCUUACUACGGCCGGCCCACGCGGCAGCCGUACCUCCUCUUCUCCGAAUUCGGCAUAGAGACAUAUGUAUGUUGCGCCUCCCGCUCAGAGUGGGAUGACUCGCGCGUCCGCGCGCUGCAGGCCUCUGCCCCAGAUGCAGAACGUGCAGUCGCCCUUGAGCGAGUACAGCGUGACACCACCGGCGCAGGUGAUUGGGACCGACCUGUCCUCUCGCAUGGGGACUUGUCUGACCGGAACAUCCUUGUGGACCCCUGCACGCUCGCGGUGACGGGUUUCCUGGACUGGGAGAUGGCCAAUAUCAUGCCCGCGUACUUUGAGUACGUCGCGGCACGGCUGUCUGGGGGCCAUCAACCUGAGUGGAGGAGGGAACUGUUAGAUGUGCUGAGGUCUGUUCUGCGCUGCGAGUGCGAUGCUGGGCGCCAGGAAGACCUGGAUGCUGUCAAUGUCGAUGAUGGAGAGGAAAGAUACAGGAGGACGUUGGCGGCGUGGGAUGCUGUCGUCGAUGUUGAGAGAAUCGCGCAGGGAUACGACAAUGACUGUGAAUGGACUUUUGAAACCGGUCUACCAGAUGUUUCACAAAAGACUGGUUCUGCCUUAUAGUUCAAUGAGUACGAGAAGCAGCAGCAAAUACAUAGGAGUAAUUCAGAC